AUGGUUGACCAGUUUUUCAGAAGGACCUAUCUAGUAGAUGACAGCCAGCCUUUGUCCCCAGUCACCCAGAGCCAUGGUGGCAGAGAUACGGGUCCUCCAUGUGUUGGGUCUCCUUUUAGCCAGGCUACUGCCUCCCUGACUCAGAGACUGAGUCUGAGCACUGGUUUUACGGAUGAAGAACUAAGACCUGAGUUGAAGUCCCUAAACGAUGAGGCUUCAGAGGAGGGUGUCGAUGAUGGGACAACUUUUGAAUUGGCUUUCGAUCCUUUGCUUCAAGGUCAGAAGGCUGUAAAGAGGAGAGGUGUCCCAAGUGGAAGGAGUGGGGUGAACGGAUGCACACAGGACCGAAUGGAGCACUUGUGCUUUCUGAGUAUGGCCGUUCUGACACGAUCCUAUCUGUUUGUGCCAACUUUUGUGUUUGAUCUUGAUUGUGGGUGUCUUGACUCCAUCUGUGAUGUGUAUGUCCUUUCUAGCCCUGAGAUCCCUAAGGCACUUUCUGUGUGUCCAGUUACAACACAGGGAUCACAACAAACACAGCUGCCACAGAAGCACUAUGGCAUUACUUCUCCUAUCAGCUUAGCAGCCCCCAAGGAGACUGACUGCAUACUUACACAGAAACUUAGUGAGACUCUGAAGCCUUUUGGGGUUUUUGAAGAAGAAGAGGAACUGCAGCGCAGGAUUUUAAUUUUGGGAAAAUUAAAUAACCUGGUAAAAGAGUGGAUUCGAGAAAUCAGUGAAAGCAAGAAUCUUCCACAGUCUGUAAUUGAAAAUGUUGGAGGAAAAAUUUUUACUUUUGGAUCUUACAGGUUAGGGGUACAUACAAAAGGUGCUGAUAUUGAUGCAUUGUGUGUUGCACCAAGACAUGUUGAUCGAAGUGACUUUUUCACCUCAUUCUAUGAUAAGUUGAAAUUACAGGAAGAAGUAAAAGAUUUAAGAGCUGUGGAAGAGGCAUUUGUACCAGUUAUUAAACUCUGUUUUGAUGGGAUAGAGAUUGAUAUUUUGUUUGCAAGAUUAGCAUUGCAGACUAUUCCAGAAGAUUUGGAUCUACGAGAUGAUAGUCUACUUAAAAAUUUAGAUAUCCGAUGCAUAAGAAGUCUUAACGGUUGCAGGGUAACCGAUGAAAUUUUACAUCUAGUACCAAACAUUGACAACUUCAGGUUAACUCUGAGAGCUAUCAAACUAUGGGCUAAACACCACAACAUCUAUUCCAAUAUAUUAGGUUUCCUCGGUGGUGUUUCCUGGGCUAUGCUAGUAGCAAGAACUUGCCAGCUUUAUCCAAAUGCAAUAGCAUCAACUCUUGUACAUAAAUUUUUCUUGGUAUUUUCUAAAUGGGAAUGGCCAAAUCCAGUGCUAUUGAAACAGCCUGAAGAAUGCAAUCUUAAUUUGCCUGUAUGGGACCCAAGGGUAAACCCCAGUGAUAGGUACCAUCUUAUGCCUAUAAUUACACCAGCAUACCCACAACAGAACUCCACGUACAAUGUGUCCGUUUCAACACGGAUGGUCAUGGUUGAGGAGUUUAAACAAGGUCUUGCUAUCACAGAUGAAAUUUUGCUGAGUAAGGCAGAGUGGUCCAAACUUUUUGAAGCUCCAAACUUCUUUCAAAAGUACAAGCAUUAUAUUGUACUUCUAGCAAGUGCACCAACAGAAAAACAACGCCUAGAAUGGGUGGGCUUGGUGGAAUCAAAAAUUCGAAUCCUAGUUGGAAGCUUGGAAAAAGAUGAAUUUAUUACACUGGCUCAUGUCAAUCCCCAGUCAUUUCCGGCACCUAAAGAAAAUCCUGACAAGGAAGAAUUUCGCACAAUGUGGGUGAUUGGGUUAGUGUUUAAAAAAACAGAAAACUCUGAAAACCUGAGUGUUGAUCUCACCUAUGAUAUUCAGUCUUUCACAGACACAGUUUAUAGGCAAGCAAUAAACAGCAAGAUGUUUGAGGUGGAUAUGAAAAUUGCUGCAAUGCACGUAAAAAGAAAGCAACUCCAUCAACUACUACCUAAUCAUGUGCUUCAGAAAAAAAAAAAGCAUUCAACAGAAGGUGUCAGAUUGACAGCUCUGAAUGACAGCAGCCUUGACUUGUCUAUGGACAGUGAUAACAGCAUGUCUGUGCCUUCACCUACUAGUGCUAUGAAGACCAGUCCAUUGAAUAGUUCUGGCAGCUCUCAGGGCAGAAACAGUCCUGCUCCAGCUGUAACAGCAGCAUCUGUGACCAAUACACAGACUAAUGAAGUUUCUGUGCCACAAGUAAAUUCCAGUGAAAGCUCAGGGGGUACAUCGAGUGAAAGCAUUCCUCAAACUGCCACACAACCAGCCAUUUCUCCACCACCAAAGCCUACGGUCUCCAGAGUUGUUUGUUCAACACGUCUGGUAAAUCCACCACCACCUAGACCUUCAGGAAAUGCAGCAACAAAAGUACCUAAUCCUAUAGUGGGAGUCAAGAGGACAUCUUCACCUCAUAAAGAAGAGAGUCCCAAGAAAACCAAAACAGAAGAGGAUGAAACAAGCGAAGAUGCUAACUGUUUUGCUUUGAGUGGACAUGAUAAAACAGAAACAAAGGAACAACUUGAUACAGAGACAAAUACAACUCAAUCAGAAACUAUUCAGACAGCGGCUUCUCUGUUGGCCUCUCAGAAAACAUCCAGUACAGACCUUUCUGAUAUCCCUGCUCUCCCUGCAAAUCCUAUUCCUGUUAUCAAGAAUUCAAUAAAACAGAUUGAAUCGGUAAAAACA